GAUUUGACAGUGACAGUUCAUGUUCCUGUAGUUUUCGAAGGUUAUACAUUACGUGUUUACUUUUUUUUCAUAAAAGAAGGUAUUAUUCAAAUCGUUGGCAUCGAUUUAAUUAUUCAUGACGACCGUAAAGUGACAUUAAUUGCUUCGAUAAACCCGUGCACUUCCAACAGACUGUUUUUACCUCGGUUGAUUCGGAAACGAGAUGACCAUUAUUGAAGGUAUAGGAGACGAAGUUGUUCAUUUUUUCAUAGCUCUGUUCGUCGUCGUUAUUGGCACAGCUGCUUGGUGGACGACUAACAUAUCCGAACAGAGAUACAUCAGGACUGCUGUAAUUUUGGAACGAAGGCGACACCGAACCCAUCGCAGGCUCACCAAUCACACGGAAACCGUUACUAUUGUCGAAGCAUCCACUACAUCUCCUCUGGCAGAGGAGCCUCAAAGUACACCCGAAACUCCUGUCGAAACACCAGCAAGCUCGGAGCAAUCGGCUACCAUUAAACCCCCUGAACUUACAGUCGAAGGUACCUCUUCUAAUCAACAACAAAGCGAAAAUAUAACGGCAGAAGGAGAAGAGGAAAGUAUCAUCGAAACGAUGGAUGCCGAUGCGAACGUCGUAAGGCAACGAAGGCUGGCCUUUUACAGUGGUUUCGCUAACGAUCAGCCAGAUUUGACCGAGUCAAAUUCGGGCCCUCCUUUAGAGGAGCCGGUCCCCAGCGCGCCCCCGAACGAGGAGUCGGAGGGCCAAAGUGUCGGUAUCACCGUAAAAUUGAAGUUUAUUAAUGACGAUUUGAAAUUGGUCGAUGGAAAGUUGAACGAGUCUCUCGGAGAUUUCAAAAAGCGUCAUUUCUUGUCAGAGUUGUCGUCGAAUAAACUGGUGAGGUUGAUAUUCAACGGUCAAGUACUUCAGCCGGACACGCAGACUUUGAAAAGUUGCGGGUUGUUCGAUAAUUGCGUGGUGCAUUGUCUGAUUCAUCAGAAACGGAAUCAAGCCAAUGAACAGGCGACCACCGAAGGAAGAAGGGAAGGUUACUCUUUCACCCACACCAACGGCUCUCCUAACAACAACAACCAAUACAGAGACUGGGACUUAGGGAAUUUUCUAUUCGCCUCCAUUAGCAUUAUUUUGUUAGCCGCCUGGUAUUUCAGGUAUAUGUACGCGCAUUUGUACACGGUGACUACCACGAUAGGUUUGAUACUGAUCACGGGCAUUUUUACCAUAUUUUUGGUGGGAAUGUAUUUUCCGGAUAACGAACAGUACCCGAAUCCAACGUUUCACAUAAGAGAGAGGACCCGACAGCAACAAUAGACUUAUUUUCUCGCGAUUCGGAAACCAUAUUUUCGGAUUUACAAUUUUAUAUUUAUGUUGAAAAUUUAUUUAUGUAUUAAGUUAAUCUAUUGUAAAUUAGUUUAAUAAAUUGUUUAUUAAUUUU